ACGAUACCUUUCACUACCUCAAUCAUCAUAUUAUCCUGGUAGUGAGCAACACUUUGCAAAUAUGCCUACAGAACCUUCCCUAGACAUUAUCCUCACCAAUCAUACAGACUCCAAGUCGCUCUUUGCGCACGUCACAGGUCGAGAUGAACAGGGCGUUUUAAUUCUUCUUGCAGAUGGAGAGACGGUUCAUCGGCCAAAGUCGCCGUCUGAGAUAUUACAGCCCGUCGGUGCAGAUAUCGCCAUUCCCGUCGGAGGACCAGGAGCUCAAAAGAAAGUGCGGAUACCGCAUAUCUUUGGAGGGCGAAUCUGGUUCUGCAAAGACAAGCCACUCACAUUUCUUAUCAACCCAGGACCAGCUGUGGUUGAACCGUCUGUGACGAAUCCAACCGAUCCCAACUUUGACGCUGAUUGGGGAUUCUGCGAGUUCACCUACAACAAAGAUCAACUAUACGUUAACGUGUCAUAUGUUGACUUCGUAAGCAUUCCGAUCGGUCUGGAGCUUGAGAAUGAGGCAGGCCAAGUCAUGCGUGUUCCGGGCAUGCCCAAGGAUGGGCUUGAUCAGGUCUGCGAGGGUUUGAAGCGUCAGGGCGAGAAGGACGGCGCAGGCUGGGAGAAGCUUGUGGUCAAGUCCAAGUCUGGCUCCAACCUCCGAGCAUUAAGUCCAAACGCCGGUGCAGAGUUACAUCCAGGCUUGCUGGAGAAUUACUUUGCGCCAGAGGUUGACGCGGCGUGGAAGCGCUACGAGAAGGAAGACAUCGAAAUCAACACGCAGGCAGAAUGGGGCGAUGUUAAGGGCCGCGUCCACGAUGCCAAACUAGUGUUCAAAGACGUUGGAAGGAACAAACUUAGCUUCCACUUUGAGAAGCCAUCUACGCGGGACAUUGUGUCUUGCAGCACGGGACCGUUUGCGGGCGGCCCGGAUGUGACGCCGGCACAGCUCAACGUCGGAGCCCGGAUUGCGGCGGCGCUCAACCGGACGACGUUAUCGGGCAACUCCCGACAGCCCGAGGGGGAGAAGGUUGAAGAGUAUUACCGCAAAGGAGAGGGAAAGACAAAUCACUACUCUAGAAUCUGUCAUGAGGUUACGCUCGAGGGGAAGGGAUAUGCGUUUCCGUAUGAUGAUGUUGGUGCAUCUGGGGGAGUUGAUCAGAGCGGAUUCUUGAAUGAUGGGAGACCAAAGGUCUUGACUGUUCAUGUUGGAGGACAGUAAAAGAAGCAGACUGUGAAAAUCGAAUAGAGAUAAUUAAAUUGAUGAUCAACA